CGCAUACGUCAUAAAAACGUCAACAUUAGAGAACCCACAUGGUGUGGCCAGUUGUGCCGCGUUUCACGCGUUUCGGCAAGAAGGCAAAAUGCAGACGGUCCCUAAUACCGUUAAACAGGAAGUACAAACACAAUGUAAUUGGGUGAAUUUGAAAGCAUUUUAAUAGUAAAACACACGUGACUGACAAAGCUCCACGCCGUGGCUCCGUCACUCUAUUUCCGGGUGGAGUGAGCGCUCACCGCCGCCGGCUGCUGGCUGUCGUCCUCCCGCCACACGCUCGUCCAGCACAGGCCAAACAAACAGCAAACAACAAACAUAUUGACCCACACAAGAUGGAGUGUGCUCGCUGAAAGACGACGCCAGGCCACGUUGGUCGCUACUAUGGCGGCGUCGCUGCUCUCCGAGACCGACAUCAGGCACCGGUCCAUGGCGGAGGAGGACCCGAACGGCAACGAGCACGGGGCGGCUGCACGCAGCGCCGCACCCCGCUGGGGACCGCAGCACGCCGGAGCCCAGCAGCUGGCUCGGCUCUACUCUCCCGGUAAGCGUCUCCAGGAGUGGGUGUGUGUCAUUCUGUGCCUGGUUCUCUUCAUCAUCAACUUCACCUUCCUCCUCCUGCACUUCUCCACCGUGCACAUCUGCCAGAUCGUCCUGGGCAUCGUGCUCGGAAUAUUGACAGCAGACUUUGCAUCUGGGAUGGUACACUGGGGGGCCGAUACCUGGGGAUCUGUAGACAUCCCUGUUAUUGGCAAGGCGUUUAUUCGUCCAUUCAGGGAGCAUCACAUUGACCCAACUGCCAUCACCCGCCACGACUUCGUUGAAACCAAUGGCGACAACUGUAUGAUCCCCAUUUUGCCACUGGCACAUAUGGCCUACAAGUUCCUCACUUACACACCAGAGGCCUUGGCGGCGUCCUACCCCCGGGACUGCUACGUCCUCGCCCUGGCGGUGUUCGUCACGUUGACCAACCAGAUUCACAAGUGGAGCCACUCUUACUUCGGGCUCCCGCGCUGGGUCACGCUGCUGCAGGACUGGCAUGUGGUGUUGCCGCGGAAACACCACCGCAUCCACCAUGUCUCGCCACACGAGACGUACUACUGCAUCACCACGGGCUGGUGUAACUAUCCACUGGACCAGCUGGGUUUCUGGAGACACAUGGAGCGUCUGAUUGAGAGACUGACGGGUCAAAAGCCUCGCUCCGACGACAUGGCCUGGGCUAAGAAGACCGACUGACAGAUGGGCUUGCAGAUGGAAACAUAGCAGAUAAGAAGAAGAUGUAUGGGGAGGACACACACACUGUACAUUAUACAUUUUCAGUGCAUUCUUCAUUACUGUAUUUCUGUGUGUGCAGAAUUGUAUCUAAAAAGGUUUGUGGAAAAAAUGCCUCGUAGUUCCACUGAUAGUCAAUCGUCUUGUUAUUGAAUGCUCAUUUUAACCAAUCAGGUGUAGUAUUGUUUUUACGUCUCGUAGGAAGCUUUUGGAGGUUGGGCUCUCCAGGAGUGAGACCAUGCUGCCUUUUACACACUUACACACACAAUAUUCAACCCCUCGAGCCCCACAGUGUCCAUUCACAGGUACGUUACUUUAACAACCUCCAAAGGUAAAAUCCUGCUCUCUACACCUUGUAUUCUGUCAUUCCAAAGUUGUAUAACCUUUCAUAUAGCAUAAACAAGACAAGAAAGUAUCUUAAAACUGAAUAUUUUGUUGGAAUACGAACAGGCUCAUCAAAAGUCCUGAAUUAACGUUUAAAAAGCUGCAUUUUUUAUAGUGGUUACAUUGCUUACUCAUAAUGGUCAUUUAUUUGACUCAUUUAACUGCAGAGGGUACCAGGCAUCUUAGUGUUAAGUCAAUAUUAGCACAAGGCCUUUAUUUAGAGAAACACGAGUGUAUUAAUUGUGAAUAAUAUAAUGAAUUAAUUUGACAGUAGCUUUUUGAUACAUAACAGAGGUGUAGCAAGGGCCGGAUCUACUAAGAUCCAAAUAAGUGUGCAAAUUAUAAAAUUAAAUGUACCGGUAUGCUUAGUGCACAGGUGUCAAACUCAAAGCCCGGGGGCCAGAUCUUGCCCGCCACAUCAUUUUAACUGGCCCGCAAACACCUGGAAGUGAUACGUGUCAAUAAAGUACCGUAAUUUCCGGACUAUAAGCCGCUACUUUUUCCCCUCGUUCUGGUCCCUGCGGCUUAUACAAGGGUGCGGCUUAUUUACGGCCUGUUCUUCUCCGACACCGACGAAGAGGAUUUCGGUGGUUUUAGUACGCAGGAGGAAGACGAUGACACAAUGAUUAAAGACUGACUUUUCAUAUACCGGUAGGCUGGUUAUUUUGAUAACGUACAGGUGAGCACUUUGUAUUACUUUGCACCGUUGUAUUAUUUGUACUCUGCACGAAUGCUGUUCGCCAUGUCAAAGAUGUGAAAGUUUGAUUGAAUGAUUGAAAGAUUUAUUGUUAAUAAAUGGGACGCUUUGCGUUCCCAAACAGUCAUCUCUGUCCCGACAAUCCCCUCCGUGGUAGCAGGAACCCCUAUAUACUACGCUAAUUACACAUCAAAACCCUGCGGCUUAUAGUCGGGUGCGGCUUAUAUAUGGAGCAAUCUGUAUUUUCCCCUAAAUUUAGCUGGUGCGGCUUAUAGUCAGGUGCGGCUUAUAGUCCGGAAAUUACGGUACUUCAUAUUUUCUCACUAAAUGUAAUUGAUGUUUUUCAUUUUGACAGAAAAAAAUAUAUGUACUGCUUGAAAUUGCAUACCUUUUAACUUUAAUAGUAUCUAAUAUAAACAGUAUGUUACCAUAUUUUCCCCAAAAAAAUGUCUAAAUAAAAAAUACCAAACUUUACAGCAAACUACCCAUCAAAUUCAUAAAAAUUACGAUACAUUUUACGUUGUUCUUUACAGCAUAUUACUGUAAAUUGAAAAACUACUACCGUAUUUUCCGCACUAUAAGGCGCACCUAAAAACCUCAAAUUUUGUCAAAA